AUCAAUCUUCACUAUAUAUACACAUAAAACUCAAUUAUUAUUUUCUCAUAAAGAAAAGAAAUCAAAAAAAGUAGAGAUCUAGAAAAAUGCAUUCUUUUCCUUCAUUAACCCUGGCAUUAAUUACUACAGCCGCCAUAUUAGUUCUUCAACUUGCUCCACUCUCUGAAGCUCAAUUAAACUCAUCAUUUUACUCGAAUUCAUGCCCUAAUGUUUCCAAUAUUGUCACCACUGUAAUCCAGCAAGCUUUACAGUCGGAUCCUCGUAUUGGAGCCAGCCUCCUUCGUCUCCAUUUCCACGAUUGCUUUGUUCAGGGAUGUGAUGGAUCAAUUUUGUUAGACAACAACGUCAACGGAACAAUACAGAGCGAGAAAGACGCAGCUCCAAACACAAAUUCGACUCGAGGGUUCGAUGUUGUGGACAAUAUUAAGUCCGCCGUUGAGAAUUCUUGCCCAGGCGUUGUGUCGUGUGCAGAUAUUUUAGCCCUUGCUUCUCAAUCUUCUGUUUCCUUGGCAGGAGGUCCAUCAUGGAAUGUAUUGUUAGGAAGAAGAGAUGGAACAAGUGCAAAUCAGGCGGGGGCCAAUACCGCCAUUCCUGCACCUUUCGAGAACUUGACCAAUCUCACUGCCAAGUUUUCUGCUGUCGGUUUAAACAUUACCGAUUUAGUUGCACUAUCAGGUGCGCACACUUUUGGGCGUGCGCAGUGUAGACUGUUCAGAAACAGGCUGUACAAUUUCAGCGGCAGCGGCGGCCCCGAUCCGUUGCUGAACGCCACCUACUUGGCCAGCCUCCGCCAGAUUUGCCCGCAGAACGGCGGCGGAUUCUCGGUGGCGGAUCUCGAUCCGACGACUCCCGAUACAUUCGACGCCAAUUAUUUCUCAAACUUGCAGAGCAAUCAAGGGCUCCUACAGUCCGAUCAGGAACUGUUUUCGGCUUCCGCCGGCGCACAGACGACGUUGCCGAUCGUUAACAUGUUUAGCGGGAAUCAGAGUGCGUUCUUCCAGAGCUUUGUGGCGUCGAUGAUUAAUAUGGGAAAUAUUAGUCCGUUGAUUGGUGUAAAUGGAGAGAUCAGAUCCAAUUGCAGAAGGGUCAAUGGGAGCUAAUUAUAUUAUAAAUAAAGCCCGCUUUCUUAAUAAUUGAUUGUUGUAUUUAAGUUGUUAAAAGCUUGAAAAUGUUUUAUGCUAUAUUUGUCUACUUUCAAGUUUCAAGCAAGAUUUUCGUAAUAUGGAAAUGCAAAUCUUGAUUAUUAUGUUAAGAAAUUAAGAAUGAUGAAUAAAUAUUACCGUUCAACAAA